AUGACAUCGACUCGUAGUAGCCGUGAUUAUGAAGGGGAUUCUUUUGAUGAUGCCGCCGAAUCUGUUGAGAAGCUUAACGUCACAAUUCCUAAAUCCUCGUCGACACGGUCAUUAACCGAUAGUCCUCCCGUUGGAACAAUUACCUCCCCAGACACGGCUCACCCUUCUCUUCCUUCUGAAUCGCAGGCCGAGCAGAUGGACAAAGAAAACGAAAGUAGCGGACAGCAGGGGAAAACAGACGACAAGAAGAAAAACAAGAAGAAUGCCAAAAAGGAGUUCGCGAUGCAGGAGGUUGAAGGCAACGAGCAAGCCGGCGAUGAGGUGAAGCUUGAAUCUGACGACGAGCCUGGGGAAUUAGGGGAGCCUGGAGACGCAGAGAUAGAGACAGAUGGAGAGGAAGAUGAUGGAAAUGAAACCCCUGGUAAACACGUUUCGCAGAAGUCACCCCCACUCACCUCCCGUCGUUUGUCAAAUGCCUCAUCUUUAGACGAGGUGGUUCUAGGAAAAGAGGACGAGUUCGUUGAUAUAACCUCAGAAGCUAAGAGCGAUGUAUCGCCUCCAGUGCCACCCAAGGAUGACAUUGGCUCCCCGGGCAGUCCUGGCAUGAUCGGGCUGUCUGGAAAUUUGCCAUCCGCCCAGUGGGCGCCCCCUCCAGUCAAUAAAACCUCGCCUCCACAGGCGCCCCUGCCACCGACCCGCAAGCCAAGUGGUCCCUUCUCUUGGUUCUCUCGAAGCUCAACAGGACUCAAAGACCUCAAGUCUCCGCCUCAAGCAGCAUCCACCCGCCGAAAUACAUCCAACUCAGUGUCGACAGUUGCCAGCAACGCCGAUUUAGUCGCUCGAUCUGAAGAUGGAGACAAUUUUUCCAAGAAACCCAGACGCAACAGCUUGAAGGAUCAGUUUAAGAUGCUGCGGAUGCGAGAGGAGGCUACAGGGGCUGAACAUGAUUCCAAGAGUGUACAAUCUGGCAUGACCAGUUUUGGUCACGGUCCAGCUAGUCCUCCAAUUAUUGUAGAAGAGGGCGAGGAUGGGAAUAUUUCCGCACCUAUACAACCUGUUUCAGGACCAACAUCUCCUGGGGCUAGUGUAUCAACAAUCAACUCCACACUCGCUCCAGGUACUGUGUCUGGCUUCUCCAGGUCGGCAACUGAUGCAUCUGCUCCUGUGGACUGGGAUCUCUGGCAGCAGCUUGUCAACAAUGGCUCCCAGGCAUUAGCAAACUCGGAAGAGCUGAAUGCUGCCAUUAAAAGAGGAAUUCCACAGACUAUUCGCGGCGUUAUCUGGCAGAUUUUGACAGAUUGCCAAGCUGGUGAAAUGGAGGAGAUCUACCGGGAAUUAGUCGGUCGUGGCACAGACAAAGAUCGCAGGCCAUCAAAUGGUCAAAUCCAUGGAAUAGCGGAGAAGGAGUCAACUGUGUCAUCACGCUCGUCCAUUCGAUCUGACCACUCGGGGGUAACGCAGGCUACAAGUACAGCGCCAAGCCCUCCGCAUGACGCGGAUCCAGAGAAGCUAUCCAAAGAGCAGGCUGCCAGUGAAAGUACUCGCUUGAAGAAGGCUAAGGACGAAGCCGCUGCUUUACAGAAGCUAGAUAAGGUGAUCCGCCGGGAUCUGGGUGCGCGCACUAGUUACUCGAAAUACUUCAUCUCUCAAGGGAGCCAGGAGAGCUUGUUUGGACUGUGCAAGGCAUAUGCCUUGUACGACGACGCUGUGGGAUAUGCUCAAGGCAUGAAUUUCAUUGUCAUGCCUUUGCUUUUCAACACGGAAGAGGUCGACGCUUUUGAGCUUCUGGUGAAGUUGAUGAACAAGUACGGACUACGGGAGAUGUUUAUCGCAGAUAUGCCCGGACUUCACCGCAGUCUCUAUCAAUUCGAGCGACUUCUCGAGGACUUGGAGCCUGCUCUAUAUUGCCAUCUUAAGCGUCGUGGAGUUCCUCCUCAACUGUACGCCACUCAGUGGUUCCUGACUCUGUUCGCCUACCGUUUCCCGUUGCAGCUUGUCCUGCGCAUCUACGACCUGAUUUUUGAGGAGGGCUUGGAGAGCACAAUUCUCAAAUUUGCCAUGGCACUCAUGAGACGGAAUGUUUCCGCCCUCUUGGAAAUGAAGGACAUGAGUGCCCUCACCAAUUUCCUGAAGGAGCGCUUGUUCGAUGCAUACAUCGACAAGCAGCCUUCGGCAUCAUCAAUCUUGGAAUCUGGGUUCUUUGGUAGCUCUGGAGCUGCUGAUAAAGAGAUCUACCGCGCCGACCUCUUGGUCCAGGAUGCCUGCGAUAUACCCCUGACAAAGGAAAUGAUUGUCACAUACACCGCCGAAUGGACAGAGAAGACACGGACAGAGAAGGAGCGAGAGGCUGAAUUGGAACAUUUGCGGCACACUGCCACUACGCAAGCUGCGCGAUUGCGACUGUUAGAAGAGCGCUCGGAAGCAUCCGACAAAGAGCAUGUGCAGCUGGCAUCUGAAUUAAUUCACUCCAAGGUAGAGAACGAGGAGCUCCGCGACGAGAACGACGCCCUCAAGCUCCAGGUCAGCGAGCUCAAGAUCGUGGUUGACAAACAGCCUGCCGAAGUAGAAGAGAAGCUCCGGAUGGAGAUGGAACGCAUCAUGCAGCGAAAUCUCGAAGUACAGAACGAGAAUCGCGCGAUGGAGGAUUCUAUGGCCGAUAUGGAGAAGGAGUUAGUUGCAACGAAGAUGAAAUGGGCUGAGAUGUCCGAGGACCACGACAAUCUCAAACAGAAAUGGAUCGAUCUUCGCCGGGCCAUGGACUAA